GCACUUUUAUACAAACACAAUAUGUUGGGCAGUUUGCAGCUCCAGGAGCUCGAUAAACAAACGCCUUGUCGUGCCAACCAAUUGCUACUACUCAACACCUUUAUAGCUUCCGAAAAUAUUGACUUGUUUCCUCUGAAUUUGUUGCUAAUUGGAAAGGAAUCUGGGAAAACAACACUCCUCUCCAGUUUUCUCAAAUAUUACAAUAAUAACCUUGGAAGAAAUACUGAAAAUUUGAUAUAUACUUGGAUAAAUUGUCUCAACCACAUCUCUUUAAAAAAUUUCUUCAAUAAAACGAUAAAGAAAAUUAUUAAUACGAUAGUUGAAAACAACUUGAAUGAACAAAAAAUUUCAGAUUUUGAUUUUGAUUUCAGUAAUCUAAAUUGUGAUUCAGCAAACCAGUUUAUUAUAAUAUUAGAAAAAAUUUGUGAAAUUUACAAAAAUUCCAACAAAAGAAUUAAAAAUGCAAAAAAUAUUAACAAGCCUCAUAUAAUUAUCUUUGAAAAUAUAACAGAAUUUAUUAAAUUGAUGAGCAGUAAUGAUAGUAAUGACUCAUCAAAAAAUUUACUAUUAAUCUUAACUAAAAUUUUUGAUAUUUCCAAAAUAAUAUCUUCAAGAUUCCAGUUUAUUUUCCUUAUAACCUCUUUUAACUUAAAAAUCAAUAAUAAUUUAUUAAACGAUAUUAUUGUAAAUUCAAAUGUUUCAAUAUAUUUCAAGAAUUAUAAUAAAGUUGAAAUUUUUCAGAUAUUAACAAAUUCAAAGACCGGUGAUAAAUUGGUCAGUGAUUUUGUUCAGAACAAAAAUGACAACAAUCAAAAUGUGGUGGUUGAUAAACUAUUCUGGGAAAAUUUUAUCAAGAUUAUAUUGGAAAGUUUCCAUUCAUUUACUGGAUCAAGAAUAUCAUUAAUAAUUUCAAUUAUUAAGAAAAUAUGGCCAGUUUUUAUCAAAGGAUAUAAAAUUGAGGAAAAAUUCAAUAAAAAGAACUUUAUUCAAAAUUUUAUUCAAAAAAGAAGCAUAUUCAAUGAUAAUUAUAUGAUUGCACCACCAUUAGUUUCUUCUUAUAACAAGAUGAAUAAGCAAAACUUAGAACACAAAAUUCAAAAUGGAAAUGAAAAUGAAAACAAAAAUAUUGAUAUUGAUAUUGACACUUAUAAUAAUGAUACUAAUAAUACUGUAAAUCAUGAUAAAGACAAAAACUUUCUUGAACUAUCAACAUUCGGCAAGUUUAUAUUGUGUGCGUCAUAUAUUGCUUCAUUUAAUCCAGAAAAAUAUGAUUUAUUAAUCUUCUCAAAAUUUAAAGAUUUAACCAAAAGAAAAAUUUAUAAAAGAAGAAAAAAAAAUGAUGUGAGUGAUAAAGAUCAAUUAUUGAAACUAUUAAAUCCAAGCAAUUUUCCGCUAGAAAGAAUGCUCUCCAUUCUUAAUUCAAUAUACUUUGGAAAUUUUGAUUUUAAAACCCAAUCAAUUGGAUACAUCACUACCCAGGAAAUCAAUCAAGUAGCAAAUAUAGACUUUUAUUCCAAUUUUCUUAAUUUAAUAUCAUUAAAUUUAAUUGUGGUGCUUAACGGUAAUAUCAAUGAUUUGGAUACUUCAAAAUUGAAAUUCAGAAGCAAUAUUGAUCAUGAAUUGGCCAAGGAAAUAUCUAAUGAUAUUGGGUUUAAAAUUGAAGACUUUUUAGUCGAUUUUUAG